GGCCGUUUUUACUGGCGUCUUCGUUUCCUUCGUCCUCCGGCCUGCGGCCCAGACCAUACCCAUUCUUACAGAAGCUUUGCUUGUGCCGCAACUUUAUUCCUUUUGCCUGGCGCAAAGGAGCAAGUGGACUAUCCCAUUCGGACUUCAAGUGUUGGUCUGAGACCGGCACGGAUUUCUUGGCCCACCUUCACCACCUUUGGUCUGUCGCGCGUUGGCCCGCAACAGGAGGAAUUCUGUUCCUGCCGGAUUCCUGGGGAGCCAUGAGCUAACCGUUUUCCGCCAUGCAGACGACGACUAUUACGAGAGUCACCCCAUGGAGAACCGGGUGCACAGGACCCCUUCCCCGGGGCAUCCACUUCAGCACGGCUACCAUCUCGAGGACAACCCGUACGGCCACUCGCAAUUGGAUCUACCACCACAAGGCCCUGGGAGGUUCAGCCCUGGCGACGCAUUACAGAUGCAAACAGCACAAUCCGUAGACAACCUCGGGGGCUACUCGGUGAACCCCGAGGCGCAUCAUGAUGCGUAUUACAACCAACCAUAUGAGCCAAACCAUGGCGCCCAUCAACCGGGGUUCGACAACGCGACACCGUUCUAUGAGGACGACAGCCGGCCGAUGUUGACGCAUAAUGACUCUCAGGUUGGCGCAAGCGACCCUUACCACGACAACGCCCAGAAGCCGAAGGCGAACGCCGGCGGGAUCAAGAGAUGGAAGACGGUAAAGCAGGUGCUGUUGUACCGCGGAAACUUGGUGCUCGACUGUCCGAUCCCCCCAAAACUGCUAAACCAACUGCCCCACGGCGAGCGCGACGAGUUCACCCACAUGCGCUACACGGCCGCGACAUGCGAUCCCUCCGAGUUCUACGAGGAGAACUUCACCCUCCGGCAAAAGCUCUUCAGCAAGCCCCGCCACACAGAACUGUUCAUCGUCGUGACCAUGUACAACGAAGACGAGAUUUUGUUUGCGCGCACCAUGAUCGGCGUGCUCAAGAACGUCGAGUACAUGUGCAAGCGGGCCGAGAGCAAGACGUGGGGCAAGGACGCCUGGAAGAAGAUCGUCGUGUGCGUCGUCAGCGACGGUCGUGCCAAGAUCAACCCCAGGACGAGAGCGCUGUUGGCUGGUAUGGGUGUGUACCAGGAGGGUAUCGGCAAGCAGCAGGUCAACAACAAGGACGUCACGGCCCAUAUUUACGAGUACACGUCUCAGGUCGGCAUGGUCAUCAAGAACGACGUCGUCCAGCUCAUCCCCAAGCAGCAGCCCGUGCAGAUGCUGUUCUGCUUGAAGGAGAAGAACCAGAAGAAGAUCAACUCGCAUCGUUGGUUCUUCCAGGCCUUUGGCCGCGUUCUGGACCCCAACAUUUGCGUGCUGAUCGACGCCGGUACCAAGCCCGGUGGCAGCUCGAUUUACCACCUGUGGAAGGCCUUCGACCUCGAGCCCAUGUGCGCUGGUGCCUGUGGUGAAAUCAAGGCUAUGUUGGGCACGGGCGGCAAGAACCUGCUCAACCCGCUGGUUGCGACGCAAAAUUUCGAGUAUAAGAUGAGUAACAUCCUGGACAAGCCCCUGGAGUCGGCAUUCGGCUUCAUCUCCGUUUUGCCCGGUGCCUUCUCCGCCUACCGCUAUGUCGCCCUCCAGAACGACAAGAACGGUCAAGGUCCGUUGGAGAAGUACUUCGCCGGUGAGAAGAUGCACGGCGCCAACGCAGGCAUCUUCACGGCCAACAUGUACCUCGCCGAGGAUCGUAUCCUCUGCUUCGAGCUCGUCACCAAGCGCAACUGCCACUGGAUCCUGCAGUACGUCAAGUCGGCCACGGGCGAGACCGAUGUGCCGGACACGGCGACCGAGCUGAUUCUCCAGCGCCGUCGCUGGCUGAACGGUUCCUUCUUCGCCGCCAUCUACGCCAUCGUCCACUUCCAUCAGUUCUUCCGGUCCGACCACUCCUUCUUCCGCAAGAUUGCCUUCUUCAUCGAGUUCGUCUUCAACACAAUCAACAUGGUCUUCGCCUGGUUUGCUAUCGGUAACUUCUUCCUCGUAUUCAAAAUCCUGACAACAAGCCUGGGCGACGAAAACCUGCUGGGCGACGUCGGGCGAAUUCUUAGUGUGGUGUUCACUUGGCUGUACGGCGUAUCUCUGAUGACCUGCUUCGUCUUGUCGAUGGGCAACCGGCCAGCUGGGUCAGGCCCAUACUACAUGGCCAUGGUUGUUUUCUGGGCAAUUCUUUUCAUCUACCUCAUGUUCGCUGCCAUUUACAUCGCCGUCACCGCCAUCAUCACGGACCUCAACACCAACGGCUUCAGCAUCGACUCGCUCUUCAAAAACAAGGUCUUCUACACGCUCAUCGUCUCCGUCAUGUCGACCUACGGCAUCUGGCUGAUCGCGUCCCUGCUCAUGUUCGACCCCUGGCACAUGUUCACCUCGCUCAUCCAGUACAUGCUCCUCUCGCCGACCUACACCAACGUGCUCAACGUGUACGCCUUCUGCAACACGCACGACAUCUCGUGGGGCACCAAGGGCGACGACAAGCCGGACGCGCUCCCCUCGGUCAACACCAAGGACGGGCAGGGCAAGACGGACCUGCCGGACGAGGGCGACCUGAACGCGCAGUACGAGCGCGAGCUCGGCGUCUUCGCCCGCAAGCCCGUCAAGGAGUCCAAGCCGCUCACCCCGAGCCAGCUCGACGAGAAGCAGAUGGACUACUACCGCGGCGUCCGCACCGUCGUCGUCCUGCUGUGGAUGAUCAUGAACUUCGCCCUCGCCGCCGUCGUGCUCUCGACGGCUGGCGUCGACAAGAUCGUCCCCGACAACGGCCAGACCGAGGAGGAGAUCAAGAGCGACCGCGCGAAUAUCUACCUGAGUGUUGUGCUUUGGUCGGUUGCCGGUCUGUCGGCGUUCAAGUUCUUGGGGGCCGUCUGGUUCUUGGUGGUGAGGAUGUUUAGGGGUGUUUAGAUGAGGACGGAUGGGGGAGGGUUAUGAGCUUUAUUUAUACCUUGGCAUCUGGGCAUCGCCCGGUCCGAAUCUGGUCUGCUGGCCUGGCUGGGUUGGGGCCUUGGGUUCUCGCUUCUGCUCUGCUGGGCUAUCAUGGAUUCCUCUUCUAACAACCGGCCGGUGAAGACGGGGUU